CGAAAUUUUGUCGAAAAUGACAGAAUUUCCACCAUUGAAAAAUGAUUUAAUUCUUCGUGCGGCUCGUGGAGAAAAAACAGAACGAGCUCCAGUAUGGAUUAUGAGACAAGCAGGAAGAUAUUUACCAGAAUUUCGGAAAGAAAGAGAAAAGCAUGAUUUUUUUACAAUUUGUCGUACACCAGAAUUAGCAACAUUAGUUACUUUACAACCAAUAAAUAGGUAUGAUGGAUUAUUUGAUGCAGCAAUAAUUUUUUCAGAUAUAUUAGUUAUACCACAAGCAUUAGGAUUAGUGGUAGAAAUGAUACCAGGAAAAGGACCACAUUUUCCUUCACCACUUGAAUUACCAGAAGAUAUUGAUAAAUUAAAUAAAAAUGUAGAUGUAUAUAAAGAAUUAGGAUAUGUAUUUGAAGCUAUUACAAUGACUAGAAAAGCAUUGGAAGGAAGGGUUCCUUUAUUAGGAUUUAUUGGAGCACCAUGGACCUUAAUGGCUUACAUGAUUGAAGGGGGAGGAAGUAAUACUUUAUCAAAAGCCAAAACCUGGUUAUUUAAGUAUCCUGAAGAGAGUAAAAAAUUAUUACAGAUUAUUACUGAUGUUGCAGUGAAUUUUCUUAUAGGACAAAUUAAAGCUGGAGCUCAGAUGGUUCAAGUAUUUGAAUCUUGGGGAGGAGAAUUGUCACCACACGAUUUUAAAUUAUUUUCAUUACCUUACAUCAAAGAAAUUGCUAAUAGAGUUAAAAAUCAACUCAAAAAUGAUGCUGUACCAAUGACAAUAUUUUGUAAAGGUUCAUGGUAUGCAUUAGAAUCAUUAUCAGAAAUUGGAUAUGAUACAAUUUCAUUAGAUUGGACUAUUGAUCCAAUAUAUGCUAAAAGUAUUACCAAAGGUAGAGUAACUUUACAAGGAAAUAUGGAUCCUAAUGUUUUAUAUGGAAGAGAUGAAAACAUUCGUUCUACCGUUAAAACAAUGUUGGAAGCUUUUGGUACAAAUGAAAGAUAUAUUGUUAAUCUUGGGCAUGGAAUUUUACCAACAGUUGAUCCUGAAGCUGUAAGAGUUUUCUUAGAAACUGUUCAUAGUGUCGGGUUAGAAUUGAAUAAAAAAAAUUGAUAAUCAAGUAAUAUAAAUAUUUAAUCUCAUAAUAAAAAAAUGAUAUUUAUUUAUUUUUAA